CGGGGCAUUGGAAAUGCUGACAGCGGAGAAGGGGGGAGAGAGAGAGAGAGAGAGUAGCAGAAAGUCAGUGAAGAACGUUCUUUCGAUGAAGGAACGAAGGAAUAUGCCUUGGAAUUGGAACUCCGCAGCUUUAAAACCCUAAUCUCCCCCUCCAUUUUCUCUUCUUCACUGUGAGCUCCGCUCAAUAGAUUCUCGAAAGAACACCUCCGGCUUGCCUCGCACGCAUUUCCGCCAUAGCCCGAUGGAAGUUGCUUCUCUCCCGCCACAUUCGCUGCGGCAGUGUUUCAUCCAAGAUUCUUCCCGUUACAUUCAUUUGAGGAAUGUGUCUCCGUCCUCCGUGCCGCCGUUUUGCAGGUAUAGCAAGGUUCAUAGUGGGUCCUCUCUUCGUAAGCGCGCGACUCUCCAAGCUCCGACUGGACUUGCUCCAAAAUGCUCCGUCAUUUCAAGGAAGCAGAUGUCCAGUCCAUGGUAUUGUCCCAGUCCAAAAGUGGAGUUCAACCGAACCUACUAUUUCAAUAAAUCAUAUGCUCAGCAUAAGUAUCCCAGAUACACUGUGGUUAGAUCUGAUUUGGCCGAAGCUGGGAGUUCUGGCGUUGCCUGUCCAUUAUCAGGAUAUGAAGUAUUCAGCAGAGUGAGAGGAGUAUGCUUCUAUGUGGUCACUGCUGUCGUUGCCAUAUUUCUAUUUCAGUGGAUGCUGGUGGCACAUCCAUUUGUGCUCCUGCUUGAUAGAUAUCGAAGAAAAGCUCAUCAUUUUAUUGCCAAAUUGUGGUCGACGUGGUCAGUUGCUACAUUUUAUAAGAUUCAGAUUGAGGGAUUGGAAAAUCUUCCUCCACCGGACACUCCUGCAGUUUAUGUUUCUAAUCACCAGAGCUUUCUAGACAUAUAUACACUUCUCACUCUUGGUAGAAGCUUCAAGUUCAUCAGCAAGACAGAUAUAUUUCUUUUUCCGAUUAUCGGAUGGGCCAUGUAUAUGUUGGGAAGUAUUCCUUUGAAGCGAAUGGAUAGCAGAAGCCAAUUGGAGACUCUUAAGCGAUGUAUGGAUCUCAUUAAGAAGGGGGCGUCAGUCUUUUUCUUCCCAGAGGGAACACGAAGUAAAGAUGGGAAAUUGGGUGCUUUCAAGAAAGGCGCAUUCAGCAUUGCGGCAAAAACGAAGGUCCCUGUGGUACCAAUCACGCUGAUUGGAACUGGCAAAAUCAUGCCAGCAGGAAAUGAAAUUACUGUCAACCCAGGAAACGUGAAAAUAAUUAUACAUAAGCCAAUAGAAGGAAGUGAUGCAGAAGCAUUGUCCAAUGAAGCUAGAGCCACAAUUUCCCGUGCACUCGAUGUUUAAGGCGAAUUUCUCUACUGGAAGUCCUCUGUACAGCUCGAACAUUAAUUCCUCAAGUGGGUUUUAAGAAGGCUAGCCCAGGAAAGCUGAUGAUCAUACAAGAAGCACCAAAAGGUUGUUGGCAAAGUUUCAUCAUCUUGCAGUAUCGAGAAAUAAAGCUUGGAGUGACUACGGUAGCUGUUCAGCAGUUCCUCGGGUUCAGUUUAGUUUCUUUGGAGAAUCCAUGAAGUGGGUCAACUCCUGAAUCCUUCGAUCCAAGUGAGCAUGGGAUUACCAACUGCUUGAAGCUUAGGCAACCUUCAUCAAAACCACUUUUCUAGGAUGAAGCUUGAAGAGAACGUACAUGUUUCACUUACUCGAGAAUACAUUAUACAGUAACUUGUGCCUGCUUCCUGAAGAAAUAAAAAAUUUCUUGCAAGGGAACUUGACGGGGUCACAAAAAUCUGUCAAGGCGGGCAUCUCUGACAAGUUAUUUUGAGAGGACAAGGGAAGUAUUAGGGCUUAGCUAAUGUAAUCCCUGUAGUUCGUUCUUGUUUCUUGCCGAGUAUUCUGUUUUUUUUUUUUUUUUUUUUGCUACCCUGGGGGCGUCCAGGUUCUUUCUGAGUAUUCGAAUGAGUAAAACGGUAGCCUUUUCUAUUUCGAAUGAAUGGGUUGAAACCGCAUUGUUCCUUCCA